CUUUAUUGGAAGGAGUUCGGGACCUGAUGAUAUAGUGCUGUCAAAAUUAAGAAUCCGAGUUUAUGCUGAUAGCAAAUGGGGCUGGAUUUCUUUAUUGGGACAUUGGAUGGAGCUUGAGAUUUGAAAUCGUUCAAGGGGGUUGGGUUGGGAUUCAACAUGUCGAGAACUCGAUUAUUUUUACUCUGCAUCCAGUCCAAAGCUUUCUCAAAAGCAUACUUGACAUCAAACAGACCUCUGGGCUUGGUAUGUGGUGGGAUCCUUAUCGGAAAUCUCGCUUCGAUUUUGUCAACAAACUCCACCUUCCUGGAAACGUGCUCAAGCAUCAUAAGUAGGGUCUCAGAUACAGUCAAAACAUUACGGAAAAGAUAAGACCAUGUUAGGUGUACAGAUUAGCGUUUGUCAAUGGGAAGG